UCCUGGUUUUGUGCCCGCGCAGGCGCGGUGGCGGGGCUCGGCGCUGUGCGAAAGGGUGCCUCCGCGCUGUCUCCACGUUUCCCCAGCGCGAGGGGGCGGGCGGGCGCGGCGCAGCCAAUCGGAGGCGCCCACGACCCAUCCUGGACAAGUUGGAGCUCGUCCGCGCCGGGGCUGCCAGUGUCGCCGCGGGCGUCGGGGGGCGGCGGAGAUGGUGUCUCCCGCGGCCUCCGCCGGCCGCCUGGGCUCCGCGCUGCCCUUCCUGCUGGUGCUCUUCGACCUGCAGUACCAGGGAGCUGAAUGUGGAAUAAAUGCAGAAGUAGAAAAACAGCUUGAAAUGGGAAAGAAGUUAUUGGCUGCUGGACAGCUAGCAGACGCUUUGUCUCACUUUCAUGCAGCUAUAGAGGGAGACUCAGAUAACUACAUUGCUUAUUACAGAAGAGCCACAGUGUACUUAGCCAUGGGCAAAUCUAAAGCAGCAAUUCGUGAUUUAAGUAAAGUGGUUGAAUUAAAGCAGGACUUCACAUCAGCAAGAUUACAGAGAGGACACUUACUGCUCAAGCAAGGAAAAUUUGAUGAAGCAGAGGAUGACUUUAAAAAUGUGCUCAAAUCCACUCCCAGCAAUAAUGAGGAAAAAGAAGCCCAGUCUCAGCUGACAAAAUCUGACGAGCUACAGCGCCUGCAUGCACAAGCAUUGUCUGCCUACCAGCAAGAGGAUUAUGAAGGCGCUAUUUCUCUUCUUGAUGAAAUCUUGGCAGUUUGUGUUUGGGAUGCAGAGCUGCGGGAACUUCGAGCUGAGUGCUAUAUAAAGGAAGGGGAACCAAGUAAAGCCAUUAGUGACUUGAAAGCUGCUGCCAAAUUAAAGAAUGAUAACACUGAAGCCUUCUAUAAAAUCAGCAGAAUAUAUUAUCAGCUUGGGGACCAUGAGUUAUCACUCAGUGAAGUCCGGGAGUGUCUGAAACUUGACCAAGACCAUAAGCAAUGUUUUUCUCUCUAUAAACAAGUAAAGAAACUCAAUAAGCAGAUUGAAUCAGCAGAAGAAUUCAUCAGAGAAGGCAGAUAUGAAGAUGCUAUCAGUAAAUACGAUUCUGUAAUGAAAACUGAGCCAGAAGUCCCAAUUUAUGCUACCCGUGCCAAAGAAAGGAUCUGCCACUGCUUAUCAAAGAAUCAGCAGGCUACAGAAGCCAUUAAAGUUUGUACAGAAGUUCUUCAGCUGGAACCAACCAAUGUGAAUGCUUUGAAAGACAGAGCAGAAGCUUAUUUGUUAGAAGACCUAUAUGAGGAAGCUAUUAAAGACUAUGAGACUGCUCAAGCCAAUAGUGAAAAUGAUCAGCAGAUUCGUGAGGGGCUAGAACGAGCCCAGAGGAUGUUGAAGCAAUCACAGAAAAGAGAUUACUACAAAAUUUUAGGAGUAAAAAGAAAUGCUCGAAAGCAAGAAAUCAUAAAAGCUUACAGAAAACUGGCAUCCCAGUGGCAUCCUGAUAAUUUCCAGAGUGAGGAAGAAAAGAAGAAAGCAGAGAAAAAGUUCAUUGAUAUAGCAGCUGCUAAAGAAGUCCUCACUGACCCAGAAAUGAGGCGGAAGUUUGAUGCGGGAGAGGACCCUCUGGAUGCAGAGAGUCAGCAGGGUGGUGGCAACCCUUUCCACAGGAACUGGAACACAUGGCAAGGAUUCAACCCCUUUGGUUCAGGAGGAGGACCAUUUACAUUCAAAUUCCACUUCAGUUAGAGCCAAGACUGUUUUUGGUGGCUGCUGCUGUUUUUUACUUAAUUUGUUUAAAAAUAAAAUUCUCUCAGUUCAAGACCCCAAAUCUUAAUUUCUAAUGUUGUCCUUAACCUAGAGUCUUACUGUAUUAGAAGAAAGCUAGCUCUUUCUCUUAGUAUUCAGAGGGUUUGCUUUGUGGUGAACUUGACAGGCUUAUCCUGGUGGGUGGGUUGAAUAAGGUUUUGUUACUACUUAUGUAUUUGUUCCGGGUAUGCAGGAAAUCUUUAUUCCUAUUGAUGAGAAAACAGUAAGGGGCUAUUUAGGACAACACCUAAACAUAUUCUUAGGACUAAAAUAUAUGCUUAAAGGUAAAAAUGCAUGUAAAUACUUUUCUGAAUCAAGGCCUAAUAAUAAAUGUGGAGAGGGUAGUUAUGAUAGUCUCUGUAUUAAUUAAAUUGUUAGUCAUUGUGCUCAGCAGAAUGAUCCAUCUCUCAGUAUUCUUAAAAGGAAGUCCUGGUGACCAUCUGCCGUAUUACUCUUGGUAGUGCCAUAGGUAGGGCUAAGAGGCUGCUACAGGAGAAGUCUGAACAGUCUUUUCUAAAGAAGAUUUGUGCAAGUAAUGGGAUUUGAAAAUGUCUACUCACUUUAUUCAUUAACUUUUAAUUGAUUGGGAUGGUUUUCUUGGCAGUAACUGUCAAAUAUGAAAGUAAAAAGUAUACCUGAUUUGGUUUUUUUCUAAUCACUUUUUCUGAAUGUAAUUCGGGAAGCUGAAGUAUCAUUCUUGAGUAGUUUGUACUUUUUUUAAACACAGCAUCUCCAUGAGAUGUGAGCAAAACAGCUUAAUGCAACAUUCCCCAACUAUGCAGCAGUUUGCAACUUUUCUGUAUUGUUGUAUAUAAAUUGAGAGCUAAUAUGGAUUGUGAGGUGAGAGUACUAUGGACCGUAGGAAUAAAAUAUUAAUGGUAGUCUUCCCCCGCCCCCUUUUCUUUAAACUUCAUUUCUGCUGGUUGACAUGACAGUGAAUUAAUAACUAUGUGCAAUUGUUUGAAGUAGUUGUAUAUUUUGUGUAACAGCCACUGUACUGCAAAAACAACUGCUUGUGUACAGAAAGAGUGACUAACUUCCUAUUAGCCAAAAGUCUGAUUUUAUUUUUUUCUGUAUACACAUAGGUAAAAUUGGUUUAGUGUAUUGAUGGGACUGUGUGUGUGUGCGCGUGAGUAUGAGGUAUUACCGAGAGUGUAGCUGCUAUCGAGUGAGGUAGGCUUUUCAUUCUGUAAUUGAAUAUGUAACAGUGGUUAUUGAUGAUUUUCAUCAGCAACCAUUUCCUUAGCAUGCCAGAAUUAGAAUUCAUUAAUGUUUUUUUUGAUUUGAACUUUAACUGGAAAACAAUAAUCAGUUAAUAGGAAUCUUCUCUCACUGCAGCUCAUUGCAUUUAAAAGCAUAAGCAAGUAAAAAGCAGAAAAUGAGCAAAUAAGGCCUUCAAUUUGAAAGUUAUUUUUAUCACUCCAAGUGCAGUUGCUAUAGAAAAAUAACCCUUCUCUCCUGCCCCAAGUACUUCUGGACAUAAUUUUGAGGUCAUGUGGCUUGCUAAAAUGUAUUUUCGACAGCAAUUUAAAGGCCAGUGUUCGUUCAGCAGAAACUAAUCUUCAAGCUGAAGAGUGUAUUUGGUCACUUCUAGCAGCUUAUGGUAUCUGUGCUGGUGCAAAAAUACCGCAGCAGCAUCUUAAACUCCAGUGUCAGAUAUUUUUCCAAGUUGAAUUAUUUUUCUAGAAAUUCAGCAUCUACUUUUGACCAGCUUUUCUUUAAGCUCUAAGAUGCUCAGGGCAUUGUUCAUGCUCUUUUAGGUUAGUCCGGUUCUCCAAGGGCCUCUGGGGCUCAGACAUAGGAGCUUGCUGCACAAUAACCUAGUACCCUGUGGCAUCAGCUGAGGCAGAGGGCUCCUGCGCAUGUGCUUUUUGCUCACAAUAAAUAAAAGAUGAUUAAGUAGUUCAGCUGCCUUCCUGUUGGUUGUCACUAGCCCCCCCCCCUUUUUUUUUCCUAUAAGCUAGAUCCAGUUACUUGCACUUGCUGCAGGCUGAAUGGCUUCUGUAUAUGGAUUGCCUGUUGUGCAGUUAUGUAUGUGUGUGUGAGCCAGUGCUCUGUGUAAACGUGUAUAUAGUCUUAUUCACUACAGGAGGGUCUGGGUUUGAAAUGCUCUUGAAUGAUCAGUGUUGCAAGUUUGUACAUACAGGAGUGUUGUUCAGUUUCAGGAAGUCACAGUAAAUGCCACAGACAGCUAUGUCUGUGUGCUAGCAGGGUGCUAGAAAUGUUAUGUCUCCUUUUCAAGGACUACCCUUGUUCAGCGUUUUUGUUCUUACCCUUUCCCUUCUCUGUUUUAAAGGCUGUAGCUAAGAGAAUCCAGUUGCCUGGUUAUUUCUUUUAUCAUUUUUAUGGAAGGAAAAAGAUGGUCUCUCUUAGGUAAAUUAUUCAGAGCAUGCACUGAUGUUAAAGCAGUGCGUAUUUUUCUCUGGGAAGUGGACGGUUCUGCCGAACAUUGGAAGCGACCAGUAACAGAAGGGAUUAUAUUCAAUUUUGAGGAUGAAUGGGAUAGGAGAAUAAUGUAUGGGGGGGGGGAGCUCUAGUCUGGUCAGUGAUGGAAGAAAACUGAUGUUUGAAUGCUAUUCUUUGAUUCCUUUUGUGGAAGACUAUCUUGAAAAUGAAACUAAAAAUGGCAAUGGAGGAUAAGGUUUCCUGACAUUAAGCAGACUGAUUAUAUGAAAUGCUACCAUUUUAGAUGUUACCAUUUUAGAUGCAGUUUUUAAGGGAGCAGACGCUGGCUUUUAGCUUUAAGGUACUUCUAAAAAUACAAAGGGACGAAGUUGUGCUAAAGCAAAGGCAUUUUUGUUUCAGCGGUUUCCAGAUACACAUAUUUGCUGAUGUGGCUUUAGAAAAUGAAGUCUGAUAACACAGAGUGUUAAUGGUGCAAACUAUAUACAAGGAAGCUGAAUUCACCUUUUUAUUUGUAAUAGGUAUCUGUAGUGCAAUAAUGUUCAGUAACUGAACAUUGAAAUAAAUGUCUUGACAGUUUGUAAACCCUAAAAUGUGCAUGAAGCAUCAUUACAAUAAUUGGCCUAUAGGUGGAUGCAAACUUUUUAUGUUAAAAUCUAUAGUUCAGUUUUUAUAAACUAGUUUCCAACUUGUUUUAAAAUGGAGGUGGGUGGGAAAAUGUAUUUUACUUGAUACAUGCUUAAUACUGAUGUAUUAAUCAGUAUUCAAACAGAUUCAAAAUUAAUUAUAAACUUAAGAGCUCAAAACUUGUGAUAUAAGCAGAAAAUGUGUCAGCUUACUCAAAAAAAAAAAAAAGCUUAUUUCAGUUUUCAGACUUGUGGAAUAAGAAUUAUUUUUCUGUUUAGGGCUAUGGUUUGUAGGAGCUUUGCUGGAAAUUAGCCAGUAUAGCAUAGCAGGUUAGUUCUAUUUAAAAGUGCCUUAUUGUAAGGUAUUAUUUGUUUGCUCUGUAAGAUACACUUCUCCCAUCUCUUUAAGUUUUAUGGAUAAAAUUUCUUUUUUUUUGUUUUUGCCCACUGCAGUUUUAUGUUUUAAGAAGGGUAAGUAAAGUUAGCCAGAGAUUUAUCAAAUGUUUCAAAUUAUAAAAUGUCUUUAUAUAAAAUCAUAAGAAAUCUAAAAAGCAAGAACUGUUUUUUCUAGAACUAUGGGAAUUAUUUUAUGGUAUUUUUCACAAUAAAGAUAUUUAUGAUGACAAGAA